AUGAGGUGCCUGCUCCAUCUUCUUGUCGCCGCCUCUCCUGCCCUCGCAGCUGUCCAUGAGCUCUGGUGGAACCUCACCUACGUCGAAAACGUUAACCCCGACGGCCUCAAACCUCGUCGUGUGAUUGGAGUGAAUGGCACCUGGCCACCCCCGCCCAUUGAUGUGUCCACCAACGACUCGUACAUCCUCCACGCCAUCAAUUCUCUCGAUACCGUCUCCUCAAUUCAUCACCAUGGCAUGUUUUUCAACGCGUCUUCAUGGAACGACGGAGCGGUCGGCGUGACAGAGUGUGGAUUUGGGAAAAAUGCGGGCGCAUCAUAUUCAAUCGACAUCCCCGGCAGUGGUCAAUGGGGUACUUACUGGGUUCAUGCCCAUUCCUCUGGCCAAUAUGUCGAUGGUCUGCGUGCCCCGUUCGUGAUUCGUCCCAACAAGGAGGUCCACAAAUACGACGAAGAGUUCACCGUUAUACUGGGAGACUGGUAUCACGACGACCAUAGUGUUCUUAUGAAGCAGUUUGUUAGCAUCGCCAAUCCUGGUGGUGCAGAACCUGUCCCCGAUUCCGGUUUGAUCUAUUUCGCUCAAAACGGGGCAUAUCUUGGACCCAAAAGUGGCACCUUGCCUCAGUCGGGAACGUCGGUUGGAUUCAACGAAAAUGCAACUCUGCCAUUCCAGCCUGGCAAGACCUAUCGUUUGCGCAUUGUCAACACUUCCGCCUUUGCUAUGUUCUUCUUCUGGAUCGAUGGCCAUGAUAUGCGAGUCAUUGAGGUUGACGGCACUGACAUUGAAGAGUUCCCGAUAGAUUUGGUAACCCUUACAGUCGCGCAGCGAUACUCCAUUCUGGUAACUGCUCGUAACGACACCAACGCGAACUGGGCUGUCCACGCGAACAUGGACACUGACAUGUUUGAUACAGUUCCUGAUUCUCUGAACCCGAACUCAACGGCGUCCAUCACCUACUCCAACUCGGCUUCGUUGACCAACCUUGGGACGAUUGCAGCGUACGGCGAUGUUAACGACAUCAGUAUGGUCCCAGUUCAGGUUGUGCCGGCUCCUUCAAAGGCCGAUAAAACGAUAGAACUUGAGGUCCUCUUCGAUACUAUGGACGACGGCACAAACCACGCUAUGUUCAAUCUCGUCACCUACAACCCUCCGUUGACCCCCGCCAUCCUCAGCGCUCUCACACUUGGCCAAGAUGCAACUGUGGAGAAGGCAUAUGGCCCCCUGAGCUUUGUUCUCAACCAUAUGGACGUCGUGGACCUCGUCGUUAAGAAUGGAGAUGCAGGGAAACAUCCUUUCCACAUUCACGGCCACAAAUACCAGAUCGUCGCCCGCUCGUCUGACUAUGCUUCGAGUGACCCGUCCGUCAUUACCUUGGCCAACCAAACGAAUCCACUCCGUCGCGACACAAUCCAGAUCACGAGUGGGGGGAGCGCAACGUUACGAUUCAUCGCCGACAACCCGGGCGUGUGGCUCUUCCAUUGUCACAUCGAGUGGCAUUUAGAGGUCGGAUUGGCUAUCCAACUUGUUGAAGCCCCAAUACAGGCACAACAGUUUGCGUCAAAAGUCCCUUCAUUCAUCCAGGACAACUGCAAAGCGUUGGGGUUGCCAAUCUCUGGUAAUGCGGCAGGCCAUUCAGGAACGGAAGAUCUUUCUGGUUUGCAUCUUGGACCAUUCCCACAGAACAACGGGUGGCAUUCAAAGGGGAUUGGUGCCAUGGCUGGAUGUGUCUUGACCGCCGUUCUUGGAAUGCUGACUGUCGUUUGGUACGCGCUAGGUGGUAGCAUAACGGAUGAGGAGGCGGAAAGGGAUGCACGAGCGGCAUUGGCGAAGAAAGAACAACGGGGUCGCUUCUUUGGAAUAUUCAAACCACGGUCGACAUAG